AAAUCUGAUCUACAAUGGAAAAAUUUCUUUUUUAUCUGUUUUUCAUUGGCAUAGCAGUGAAAGCUCAGAUCUGUCCAAAACGUUGUGUCUGUCAGAUUUUGUCUCCUAAUCUUGCAACCCUUUGUGCCAAGAAAGGGCUUUUAUUUGUUCCACCAAACAUUGACAGAAGAACUGUGGAACUGCGUUUGGCAGACAAUUUUGUUACAAAUAUUAAAAGGAAAGAUUUUGCCAAUAUGACCAGCUUGGUGGACCUGACACUUUCCAGGAAUACAAUAAGUUUUAUUACACCUCAUGCUUUUGCUGACCUACGGAAUUUGAGGGCAUUGCAUUUGAAUAGCAACAGAUUGACUAAAAUUACAAAUGAUAUGUUCAGUGGGCUUUCCAAUCUCCAUCAUUUGAUAUUGAACAACAAUCAGCUGACUUUAAUUUCUUCUACAGCAUUUGAUGAUGUCUUUGCCCUUGAGGAGCUGGAUCUGUCCUAUAAUAAUUUAGAAACAAUCCCUUGGGAUGCUGUUGAAAAAAUGGUUAGCUUGCACACCCUUAGCUUGGAUCACAAUAUGAUUGAUAACAUUCCUAAGGGGACUUUCUCCCACUUGCACAAGAUGACUCGGCUAGAUGUAACGUCAAAUAAACUGCAGAAGCUACCGCCUGACCCUCUCUUUCAGCGAGCUCAGGUACUGGCAACCUCAGGAAUCAUAAGUCCAUCUACUUUUGCAUUAAGUUUUGGUGGAAACCCCUUGCAUUGCAAUUGUGAAUUGUUGUGGUUGAGGCGUCUAUCCAGAGAAGAUGAUCUGGAGACCUGUGCUUCUCCAGCCCUUUUAACUGGCCGCUAUUUUUGGUCAAUUCCAGAGGAAGAGUUUUUGUGUGAGCCUCCUCUUAUUACUCGUCAUACACAUGAGAUGAGAGUGCUGGAGGGUCAAAGGGCAACCCUGAGGUGCAAAGCCAGGGGAGACCCCGAACCUGCAAUACACUGGAUUUCUCCUGAAGGGAAGCUUAUUUCAAAUGCAACAAGAUCUCUGGUGUAUGAUAAUGGAACACUUGACAUUCUUAUAACAACUGUUAAGGAUACAGGUGCUUUUACCUGCAUUGCUUCCAAUCCUGCUGGGGAAGCAACACAAACGGUGGAUCUUCAUAUAAUUAAGCUCCCUCAUUUACUAAAUAGUACAAACCAUAUCCAUGAGCCUGAUCCUGGUUCUUCAGAUAUUUCAACGUCUACAAAGUCAGGUUCUAAUGCAAGCAGUAGUAAUGGUGAUCCUAAAAUGAGUCAAGAUAAAAUUGUGGUGGCAGAAGCCACAUCAUCUACGGCACUCCUUAAAUUUAAUUUUCAAAGAAAUAUCCCUGGAAUACGUAUGUUUCAAAUCCAGUACAAUGGUACUUAUGAUGACACCCUUGUUUACAGAAUGAUACCUCCUACGAGCAAAACUUUUCUUGUCAAUAACCUGGCUGCUGGAACUAUGUAUGACUUGUGUGUCUUGGCAAUAUAUGAUGAUGGCAUCACUUCCCUCACUGCCACAAGAGUCGUGGGUUGCAUCCAGUUUACUACAGAACAGGAUUAUGUGCGAUGCCACUUCAUGCAGUCCCAGUUUUUGGGAGGCACCAUGAUUAUUAUUAUUGGUGGAAUCAUUGUAGCAUCUGUGCUGGUUUUCAUCAUCAUUCUAAUGAUCCGCUAUAAGGUUUGUAACAAUAAUGGACAACACAAGGUCACCAAGGUCAGCAAUGUCUACUCUCAAACUAAUGGGGCUCAAAUACAAGGCUGCAGUGUGACACUGCCCCAGUCCGUGUCCAAACAAGCUGUGGGGCACGAAGAGAAUACCCAGUGUUGUAAAGUUGCCAAUGACAAUGUGAUACAAUCUUCAGAAACUUGUUCCAGUCAGGACUCCUCUACCACUACCUCUGCUUUGCCUCCUACCUGGACUUCAAGCACUUCUGUGUCCCAAAAGCAGAAAAGAAAGACUGGCACGAAGCCAAGUACCGAACCACAAAGUGAAGUUGUCACAAAUGUUGAGUCCCAAAACACUAACAGGAACAACUCAACUGCCUUGCAGUUAGCUAGUCGACCUCCUGAUUCUGGCACAGAGGGCCCCACAUCUAAAAGAGCACAUUCAAAGCCAAGUAAGUUUUUCACUUUGCCUGCUGAGAGAUCCAGAGCAAGGCACAGGUACUCCCUGAAUGGAGAAUUAAAGGAAUACUAUUGUUAUAUUAACUCACCGAACACAUGUGGACUCUUUUCUAAAAGAAGCAUGUCUAUGAAUGCGAUGUUAAUUCAGUCCAGCAGUUCUGAUGGGCAUAGUGGAAAAGCAACUCUUUCAAAUUCUAAGUGGAUAUUGGAAAGCACUGUGUAACCUAUUAUUUCUUUUUAAUGAAAAAUUAUUUUGAGAACUCAUAUAGGAGAUUGGAAUUCAAAGUCCUAGUCUUGUCUCUCUGAUACGUGGCUAAUAGAGCAGUGGUGUAUAAACCCUCUAGGGUACAGUUCGUAUAUACACAAAGGUAAUAUAUAUAUAAUGGCUUAGGGAAAAAUGCAUGACAGCAGUGCCUUCCCCUAUUCUAGGACUGGCUUCCAGGUUUUGCAAUAGCAGGCCACAAAAUGAAAGUUGUAGAGUCAUACAUAAAUAAUGAUAUUUCCUCCAGUCUUACAUAGUACCACCUAUGAAUGAUUGGUAUUUUUCAAUUGGUAGAUUGUAUAUUUUCUUUCAAUGAUGGUGGCAUUUGUUUUUAGGCAAGUAUUUUAGAGAACAAUUCUGUGUUAUGUUAUUUAAAAUAAAAUAUUCACUUAAGUAUA